AUGGGUCUCCGAAAAGACAUAAUUCCUUAUGUAGAAGGUCAGAUAACUCCAACUUAUGUGGUUUAUUCUAAUAGUCCACCAACAGCUCAUGAUUGGGUUCCACCACCAACUUAUACUGUGAGACCAAAUGAUCCAAUUCCAUCUGGCACUGAUGUAAAAGAUGCAUCUUCUUUUAUUCCAAUGGGUGAUAGGAAGCGAUUACAUUACGAUUCAAAUACGAACUAUGGUCCACUACAGAAAAAACCUUACAGCACUCAACCUUUAAGUUCAAAUGAGUGUCUACAGAAUGAUCAAGGUGUGACUUCAAGUAAUUCGAUUAACUAUCAAGCCAUCGCAAAUAUUAAUAUUUCUGAACCAGAAUGGUUGGAGAAAUAUAUUAAAAAUGUGUUAUUGGAGUCAAUGAGAGAAUACAAACGUCGAGCAGAGAAUGCCUCGGAAUUAAAUCAGCAAUUACUCGAAAAAGACGAAGAAUAUAAAAAAAAGUUGAUCAUUGUAGAUCAACUUUUAGAAUAUUUACGAAAGUUUCUAAUUCGAUUUGAUGAUGAAGGUCUUUUGGAUGAAAUUGGUUCUUCUGAUGUAAAUUUCAAUGGACCUUAUUUGAACAGAAUAUAUGAAAACGAAUCUUUAGAGUAUACGAGACGAGUUGUUGAAAUAAUUAUUGAAAAAAUGACAAAUUGGUUCCGUGAACGGGAUGAUCUUUUAAAAGAAUUAAAAAAUGAUAGUGAUUUUCAAUCUCGUCUGGCUGAUAUAUAUUAUAAUGAAAUAGAAAAAGAAGAUAAUUUAUAUUCAACUAUGUUGGAAAAGAUUGUUGUACAUGAAAAUCGAUCAUUCGAGGUUCAUUCUCUAACACGCGAUUUAGAAAUCGCUAAAGCAAAUCUUGAAUUAACUUUUCGAAAUCUUGAAAACACUCAAGAUAAACUUGAGCAAUUAGAAAAAAAUGUGGAUAGAUCAAAUAUAUUUACAAUAAAUCCGUUUUUACAUCUCGGAAGAAAACUUGAUAAAAAUUCCGGUGGUUCCGCGAACAAGUCAAUGUCGGAAAAAUUGGAGUUAAUAGAAUUAAGAUCUAUAGCUGAAUCUCGGGUGAAGGAAUUUAAUGAUACUCAAGCUGAAAAAGCUGAAUGGAGGCGAAAAAUUCACGAAAUUCAGGAAAAAUUAAGAUAUUUUCCUGAAGAACGUAUCAAAGAAUCCGAAACAUAUAGAACUCUUCAACUCGAGCUUGAGUCGCUUCAUGAUUCAUAUGCACAUUUAUAUGCUCUCUUCGAGAUAAAAACUCGGGAGGCACAAAUUUUAACAGUUUCUAGAGACAAAAUAGACGAUUUAUGGAAGUCAGAAAUGAAGCGAAUGGAACAAGAAUUUCAAGAAGUAAAAAAAGAGUAUCAUAAUGAUCUUGAGCGUAUACGUGCAAAAAGAAAUGAAUUAGUUAAGGAAGUGGAAUCACUUCGAACAAUGAUUCCUCAAGAAAUGCUUGCUAACGACAGAAUGGAAAUUAUUCAAAAUUUAAAAGAAGAAGUACGUAAGCUGUAUUCUAGAAUUACUGAAAUAGAAAACAGUAAAAGUCGUAAAAGUACAUUUUCUUCAGGGGAAUCAUCAUCUGUUAGAGAGAACCAGAGCAGUGAUUCAGCUAAAAAAGUUGAUGAAAUUCAAGCUAUUAAUAACCAAUUAAAGUUUGAAAAUGAAGAAUCGCAAAAAAAUGACGCAUUAUACAUUAAGGAGUUAAAUGACCGAAUACCUCAAUCCUCUGAAAUCGAGAUGCUUUUUUCACAGCAGAAGAAAAGGGAGGAUGAUUUUCACAUGUCUGUAUUCGAUACGAAAGAUCAGAGAAUCGAACCUUUGAAACAAUCGCUUACCAAAUUUCAACAAAAACUUAAUGAGAAAACGGAAGAAAACGUGAAAAUUCAGAAUGAAAUUGUUUCCAUGAAUGUUGUUGUAUCUCAACAACAUGAACAACUUAAUACGCAAAAGAAUGAGUUGGCGUCAACUAAGGCUCAAUUGGAAAAAUAUAGCAAAGAAUCUGCCAACGCACUCCAAUCAUUGGCCGUAUAUAAACAAAAACUGGUAUCCCUUGAUAAUGGAAUUAAAGUAGAACAAAAAAUUUCAGAGAUGUUACGAAAUGAUAGGGAUGCGAAUGUCAGGGAAUACAAUUCAGAAUUGCGUCGACGUGAUGAGGAAAAAAGAGUAAUGGAAAAAAAAUUAAGGCAAGUUAAAGAUCAACUGGAAACAGCAACUAAGGAAGUCGAUGAACUUCGAAUAUCUGCAGUGUCUUCCGAUGCGCAAAAAUUACUUGAGGCAUAUGAGACAAAAUGGAAAUGUUCAACAUGUAAUAUCAGAUUUAAAGACCAUUGUGUGUUUAUUUGCAUGCACGCAUUUUGUAAACAAUGUUUGGACAAACAAGUUGAAAGUCGCAACCGCAAAUGUGCCAAAUGUGGGCAACAAUUUAGUAAGACAGAUAUAAGGCAAAUUUUCUUUUAG